UAAUAGUAAUGAUACUUAUUUACUUAAAAGUUUGUUUAUUUUGGAUCCAAAACCUUCAGCCGGGAGCUUAAGCAUUUAUGAUAUAUCCAAUAAUGAAAUGAUAGAUUUCAUUUCUAUAUUAAGGUCAAUUGAAGAAGGAAUCGGUACUGGUACAGGGUCUGAUUUAUUUUCUGGAACCUUUCUUAUAUCAAAGAAAAUAAACAUCUACAUCUCUCAAGAAUUUGUAAAGCUACUUAAUGAAUACUAUAAUAAUGUAUAUGAAACUAAUAUAUUUGUUCAUUCAGUGGAUUUAGCAUCAGAUAGUUCAACUUUUUCAAAGAGAUAUGAAAAUUCUUCAAGAAUUCUUGCAAAAUUUUCAGAUAGUAAUGAUGUGACUAUAUAUUCAGACCAGAUUCAAUUCUUUUUUGAGCAUUCUAUAGACUAUCCAGAAGCGUCAACAAAGCAUAAUCUCGUAUACAUCCAUUGGUAUAAAAAGGUAAAAGAUGAAAAAUUAAGAUAUCAUCUUAAUAUUAGCAAAAAUAAUGAUAAACUAUAUAAUGUGGAAUUAUAG